ACCGUGUGCAUGAUUUAAUUAAUCGUUAAUGUUAUACGAUUUAAGAUAUUGGGCAAAACGAGAAUCAGGCUGUUUAUGGGAAAUGCUGUCAACUUGUUGGUUGUUGAAAGCCGUACGCGGCUUUAUAUGAGUUCGCACCGUGCUCCGGGGUUCCUUCGCAUUUUGACGCAGAAAGGGACCGGCUUCCAUCUAGUCCGAUUUCGUCGUGGCUUGGUAUCACCGGCGAGCAGCUGUUUUAAUAACGCCGUGUCCCCUAGCUUAGCUGUCUAUCCGCGCUACAUCACAGGUUCCUUCAGACGGAAAAAUAAUUGGCCGUUUUCCCUCCUAGAAGGGAAGGGACGAUCCGGUGGGAUUUGAAUCCGUGGUUCCCUUUCUAUGAAGCCAAACUAGCUGCUGAUUAUCCACACAGACUGUAUUGAGUUAGACGCGGUAUUAGCAUUAAAUUGCUUUUUCCGCGCGCGUGAUUUCCUUCAGACAUACAUUCAUACGUUUUUAAUCGAUUUGGAAAAAAUAUGUAUUAACUUACGAAAAUAUUGACGCUUUAUUUCUAUUUUUCUAUCGUGAAUGUUGUUUUAACAUGUAAAUAGAAAUUAAUUUUAAUUAUGGAAUUUGUUUAAGCCGGAUUUACUUUAUACGAAUUCGUAAAGACUGUAUUCUAAAUGGCUGCAAGGGGGUACAAACGAAAAUAAUUGUUUUCAAUAAAUACUCACUAUCCAAUAUUACUGAAAAAUACACACCAGGGUCGGAGAAGCGAAUGAGAAAAAAAAUACGUCAACACCUUUUUGAGGAUGCAGUUGGGAGAGGGGAUUUUGCCCAGCGCUGCCGUCAACUUGCCCAAGACUUUUUACAACCUUUCGUCAUCGGACGGCAAUAACAGCCCUGGAUCAUCGCAGCUAGAAUUUCAGGACGUGGAUCGGACGGAAUCCGAACCAGGCAGCGGGCCCAAAAAGUACUUAAGCGGCGGAGGAAGCACUAUGCUGGGCGAGGGAGAGAAUGAGAACUUCUCCGGAACUAAAACGACAACUGAUGGAAGAAAAAGUUCUCCGGUGGUCGGUGAAGACGACCUUUCAAGUGGUAGCCGGUACAACAUAGACGGAUUCGGUUCCGAUCGCUAUUUCAUUUCAUCGUCGUCGCAGCAGACGACCGAUGUGACCAGUCCUUGUUCCCUGUUCCCGUAUGCGAGUCAGGCUGGGACUGUUUAUCCCGGGUCCAAUGGAUCCAGGUAUUCGGCCUCUCUUCACUAUGGAUCUGUCCUGCCACCGACGGGGUUUUCCUCUGUCUGCGCCAGCCGCAGCCAGUUUGGCUCAGGGUAUCAAUUUGGACAAGGUCCUGGGUGUUUGUACCCGUCUUACGCAGGUACGGGGUCGGGUAUUGGCUCCGUACCGAUCACUGGGACUGGGACGAGGGCUCAAGUUUACCUCUGCAAUCGGCCACUGUGGCUGAAGUUUCAUCGGCAUCAAACGGAGAUGAUCAUCACCAAGCAGGGCAGGCGAAUGUUUCCAUUUCUCAGUUUUAAUAUCACUGGGUUAAACCUCACGGCCCAUUACAACGUCUUUGUUGAGAUCAUCUUGGCCGAUCCGAACCACUGGAGGUUCCAGGGAGGCAAAUGGGUGACCUGUGGAAAAGCCGACAAUAAUAUGCAAGGUAACAAGAUGUAUGUUCAUCCGGAGUCUCCAAACACGGGGGCCCAUUGGAUGAGGCAGGAGAUCUCUUUCGGCAAACUGAAACUGACUAACAACAAAGGCGCCAAUAACAGCACUCAAAUGAUCGUCCUUCAGUCUCUACACAAAUACCAGCCGCGGCUGCAUAUUGUGGAGGUUACAGAAGAUGGCGUGGAGGACAUGAGCAGUGAUUCAAAGACUCAGACCUUCACUUUCCCUGAAAACCAGUUCAUCGCGGUCACUGCCUACCAGAACACUGAUAUCACACAACUGAAAAUUGAUCACAAUCCGUUUGCAAAAGGCUUCAGAGACAACUAUGAUUCCAUGUACACAGCCCCUGAGAGCGACCGGCUGACCCCGUCACCCACCGACUCACCGCGCUCCCACCAGAUCGUACCAGGGGCACGCUACGCUGUCCAGCCCUUCUUCCAGGACCAGUUCGUGAACAACCUUCAGCAGAACCGCUUCUACAACGGCGAGCGGGCCGUGCCGCAGACCAAUGGGCUCCUGUCGCCACAGGGGGAGGACGGGACCCCGGCACAGCGCUGGUUUGUGGGGCCCAUGCAGCAGCCGGGCUCUGGAAAGCUGGAACUGGGGGCCUACGAGGGAGACUACAGCAGCGGGGGCCUACUGCCCUACAGCUUAAAGCCCCUCCCACUGCAGAGUCCGCACAGCCUUGGAUACUACGCUGACUCGGCGUUCACCUCCAUGGCCACCAGCUGGGGUCCCCGGGGCCCGUACCAGCGGAAGGUGGCCACAGGUCUGCCCUGGUCCCCGCGGCCCAGCCCCCCAGGCUACUCUGAGGACCACCUGUCUGGCAAGGACAAGGCCCGGGAGGAGGACGGGGCAGCGGCUCCCGGCCCAGCCCCCACCUGGAUCGACACACCCCCAUCUCUGAAAUCGCUGGACUCCUCUGACUCUGGCAUUUACCCCAUGGUGUGUAAGAGGCGCAGAGUGUCCGCUGGCCACUCGAGCACAGAGAACUCGCCCACCAUCAAGUGUGAGGACUUGACCACUGAUGAGUAUAGCAAGGAGACAACUAAAAAUAUGGGCUACUAUGCCUUUUACCCGAGCCCUUAAUUUUAUUUAAUUUUAAUGUCGGUCAGAUUCCCUCCCCAAAUGUCCCCUGGGCCCCUCCAGCCCUGAAGUCCGUUUCUGAGCAGCGUGCUACUGUGUAACUUAAGGUGCCAAACUGUACAUCACGCAAGUCGUGCGAAUAUUUGAUCAUCGAUGUUAGCCCCCCCCCCCCACCCCCAUUUAUUUUGAUAAGCAUGCCCCAUCCCUUAUUUUAUACAGAUGUGAUCUAUUUAUUGACGGCUCUUUCCUGUACAGUAUUUGUGCAAUGUACAAUGUGCGGUAUCUUGUACAAAAAUGUCUACAUGCCAGUGUUACAGAAAUCGAUAAUAAAAACGGCUCGCGUGCUUUUCAGCGUUUUCGUGGUCCUGAAGCCAUAGUAGUUAAGGCUGCGUGCUGGAACACAUUAAGUAUUUGUCUCACCUCGUGCCAUCCGUGUCCGAACUUUUAGAAGUAGCCUACCAGAUAAUAUUGGUGAAACGGCGAAGCUGUGCUCGCGACGUUGAGGGUGGGUAUGCAUUUGCACCCCUCUAAGUAACCUUUCUUCAAGUUUUGAUUAAAAUUUUAAUUUUGUGAUCAGG